AUGACCCUGGUUCUGUCGUCGGGGAAGCCCCAGCACACGUGCAUCGGUAAGCAAACCUUGCGACGUGUGUAUAUAUAUGCUCUUGUUUUGUCUCUGAUCGUCGCAUUGUUCAAGCAGACUUCGAGCGUGAAUCCUCUAGCAUUUCACGAAGGCAACAAGCGUACAGAGAAGAUAGAAACGCUUCCUGAGCAGAAGAUGAAGCUGUCCGUGAUGUUGCUGGUGACUUCGCUUGCAGCUUGCCUGGCUGGUGCACAGCGGUAUCCUCAGUACGCGAGGCCCAACGCCACUGCGGUAGUUAACCGCAGUGAGGAGGCUGGUGUGGUCCGCACGAUACACACCAGCAAAGACGGCCGCACUCGCCUGGAGCUGCGCAAGACGUACGACGAGCCCUCCGACGAGAAACCCAAGUUCUCUGGUUUUCGGUUCUCGCAUCGAUUCUGAGGGACUCCGAACUGAUGUCUGUCCUCACACGAACAAUGAUUUUCUUCUCUUCAUUCUCUCUAGGUUCCUCGUAGAGUUUCUACAGAACAACUUCAGGUCCAGCUUUUUAUGAUGUCGAUCUAUUGUUAUAAAUUCAAAAUGGGAUUGUAUUUUCUUUUCCACAUUUUUACUCUGUGUCUCUUCUAAUAACGAUUAGCUUUACACUCUGAUUCUCGCAUCAGCGACUUCUGUAUCAGUAUCUCAGCUUACACUUUCUUAUCAUUUUUGCUACCUGUCGAAGUGUUUAAAAAUUAGCAAGCAACCUUCACCUUUGGCUCGAACUAAUAUUCAGUAAUUGGCAAAAACCAACAUCUGUCUUUUCUUCAAGUUUUAACUUAAACACGAACUUCAUAUCAAUGUAAUUUAUACUGCCUGUACUGGUACUGCAGCCAUGCUCUACAGUACCUGGCAUCACUUACACUAUGCAGCAUUUAUAGCAAACUGUAACUUACGAAGUUAUUCAACAUUUCUGAACUAGUAGAGUGCUUUGAUAUGGAAGAAGUUGGGUGCUGAGAAAAAAUAAAGUAAUGUUAGAAGUAAAA